AGGCAGCUCUUUAUUGUGGACUAGUGAUUGGUUCUAUUGCGUAACGACAAAAUGUUUGAUAUACCAACCACCUACGAUGCGAAGAAUAGGAUCUGGAGUGGCGCAAAACGCAGCUCCAUUUACGGAGAAGACGUUUCUGUUGGCCGAUUGAUAUUUAACGCAAUGAAGAACUGGCCGAAGAAUGUUUUUCAGAUAUAUGACACCGAAGAUGUUAAGGUGACUAAUGGGGAAGGUCUGGCGUGGGCUAUCCGCCUAGCACAGCACUUCAAGAAGCGUGGCCUCAACCAUACAGACGUAAUCGGCAUCGCCGCAAAAAAUACUACAUAUGUAAUGCCUUUGGGAGUGGCCUGUCUAAUGAACACGACACCCUUCCAUUCCAUUAAUCCGAUGCUGGAUGAAGACACCCUACGGCACAUUUUCAAGAUAACUAAACCGACGCUCAUUUUCUGUGAUGGUCAGGAAUAUGCAAAGGUUUACGCUGCUACUACAUCGCCUACUUGGAAACCUGAAAUAUAUACUCUGACAGAUCCCAUCAUAGGAGUGCCAACAAUUGAAAGUCUUUUGACUCCCACCACAACCGAAAUGUUCUACUCACCCGAACCUCUUAAGUCUGGCGCCGAACAAACUAUGGCCAUUCUAUGCUCUUCCGGCACCACAGGUCUGCCCAAGGCGGUCUGCAUGUCCAACAGCACUUUGAUUCCGGAAAAUGUACCGAUCACCAGCGAGACAGUGAUUUUUGUGCAGAGCGGCUUGGAUUGGAUCACAGGUCUGUGGGCGUUCGUUGCCAGCACCCUCAUUGGUUGCACUCGUAUCAUAACGAGUCAGCCUUUUAAUCCUGAAUAUUUCAUAAAGUUGGUUAACAAGUACAAAAUCAGCUAUGCAGUACUUCCGCCUCGAUAUCUGGCCGCAUUAACGACGUGUCCCGAUGCCACACCAGAGGCCUUAGCUCCGAUUCGCAUGAUGAGCUAUGGCGGAGGCAUGGCAUCAGUGGCUACAAUGGAACGGGCUCGGGAGCUAUGCAAGGGCGCCAUCUUCACCUGUGCCUACGCCAUGACAGAGGUGGGUGGCAUUACGGUGAACAUCGGUCUGAGCAAUGCCUCGUCGGCUGGCAAGCCAUCGGCGGGCAUUAAAAUUCGGAUUGUGGACGAAAAUGGCAAGAGUCUGCCCCACAACGAGGUGGGCGAAAUAUAUGUGCAUACCUCCCAGACAUGGAACGGCUACUACGGUAAUCCCCUUGAGUCGCGACGCAUGCAAGAUUACGAAGGUUGGUUUCACACGGGCGACCUAGGUUACUUCGACGAUCGGAACUAUUUGUAUAUUGUCGAUCGCAAGAAGGAGAUUCUGAAGUACCAAGGUCUGCACUACUGGCCAACCGAGAUCGAGAACGUCAUUGCCGAACUGCAGCAGGUGCAGGAUGUCUGUGUAGUGGGCGUGUAUGAUGAACGGCAUGGCGAUGCCGCCGGUGCUUUGGUGGUCAAGAGGCAGGGUUCCACAAUAAGUGCGCGCGACAUCGAGGAGCACGUGGCGAAGCGAUUGACUGGGAUACAGAAACAAUUAAACGCUGGGGUCCGUUUCACGGACAAACUGCCAACCAACGUGAAUGGAAAAGUGGUACGCAAAGCAGCACGAGAGGUGUUUGUUGCUCAAAAUGGAGCAGCGGUGUGAUGUCUACGUAUUAUGUUAAAUUCCUUAUAAUAACUGCCUAAUAAAAUCUGAUAACGUUGGAAA